AUGCUCAGCAGCAGCAGCGCCGGUGCUGCUGUGAAGUCAAACACCGGUGCGCUUACUGCCGCCCUCACCACUGUGAAAGCGGACGAGGACCCCAAUGUGGAGGUGCUGUGGGCAAGCAAGUGCAUUCAUAAGCUGACGCGGGCUACCGACGCCCUCAUUGCACGCGACUUUGUCCUGCGCGAGGAGGAGGCAAUCUUAGAUGACCUUGAGACCUACCUCGCCUCCCUCGAGGACGAGGUGAAGAAGUCUGAGCUCCAGACCGAGGAGCUUCGUAGCAGGACCUCCUUGUUGCGCCCCGAUAAGCGGCGCGCCGUCGUAGGCGAGAACGCGGAGGUGUCCGCACUGUGGAAGGAGUACGGCAACGCCAUGGGACGCCUCGUGAAGCAACACUCGCUUCGGCUAGAAGAGCUGGAGAAGGCGCUCGCCACCGUGUCGGCUAGAGAUCCAGAGUUGCCACUGCCGGAGCCAUUACAGCCGCCGCCAGUGGUAAAGGUAUCAUCGACGAUGGCUGCUCUGUUGGAUGUGUCGAAGGGGCAGAAAGUGCAGUCGUGA